ACACCACUCCGCUCUGACAGCGCCAACACAGCUGACUUUAACAGGUUGAACGUCGAAGAAAAUAUUAGCAUCAUGUCAAAAGAUGUUGACAGAGGCCAGGUGUUUAGAACCACCAGGGUGCGGACUGUACUGAAGAAUGAUGGCAGCUGGAUCCAAAAAUCUAGUCAGGAAAAAGAUGAGCAAGAUGAAGCACGGACAGACCAUGCUGUGGAGACCAAACCAGCUCCAGUCAGGCAGAAAUCAUAUGUCCUCUCCACAGCCAUGAAAUUUGAAUCAGUAGAUUCUCCACUGAGCCCUCCUCUCGAAAAGACACAGCUCUCUCCAUCUAAAGGUGAUUCAGCUAAUCAGGCAAAUGCUGAUGUUAUCCCUCUCCAAAAUGAUGCUCAGCCUGAGGGGUCAACAGUGGAGACCACAGACUAUACAAAGCCCCAAGCAGCCACAGAAGAACUUAUCCAAAAUGGUAAAGUACAAAUAGAAAAAAUUGUUGCCAACACAGCUGCAGAAAACAAGGAAGAAUAUGCUGAUACCAAAGUCGAUCAGUCAAACGUCGAACACAGUGAGGCCAAAGUCUCUGCAGUUGCUGAUGUGAAAGAUCCUGUUGCAGAAAUCUCUGACGUGGCUGGUACAGGGGAGAGUAAAGACCCUGCAGAGGUCCCUGCUGUUCUUGCAGUGAAGGCUCAAGAGGAACCUUCAGUUGAAACAGACCCAGCAAAUGCAGCACAUUUGGAGGAUACAGGAGUAGAAUCAACUGAACCAUCUGCAGAGGGGAGUUCUAACAAAUGUCCUCCAGAACAUGCUGCAGAAGAUAUUUUUAAAGCCGUAGCCGUGGUUGUGGUGGAGUCAUCACCUGAUACGAUUGAUGUAACACCAGGAGAAGAGGCUGCUCUCCAAAACCGCGUGGAAGCAGACCCUGACUUACUGUCAACCGUGUGGAGUCUGAAGUUGAGUCUGCAGCUCCAACAGAACCGGAUUUAA